ACUCGUUAUCCAAAACCCACGCCUGCAAAUAUCAGAAUUCAAACAAGUAAUCGCAAUAUUGCCACUGCUCAACCUUCCUUACAAAGUCAUCAGGUUCCAGUGAGGGUUCAAACCCUUGUUCAUGGUCAAGUUUUAUCAAAUCCAUGGAAAUCCUCCCAACUCCCUAGAAGGGUAAAUUUUCGUGUGGGGCACUUGGAGAGUCAAGGUGGAAAACUACAGAUUAGAGCUGUUGCUACCCUUGAACCCAAGUGUUCAGUUCCAAAACAAGAUGGACAUAAUAAGUCAGUGCCUGGUGGCGAUUCAAGUCCUUCAUCUGCUCAGAUUGAAUCUUUGAAGUCCGGAGAUUCAGACGAGGAGCCGGAUGAGAGAGAAAAGUUAAGACGGAUGAGGAUUUCUAAAGCAAACAAAGGAAACACACCAUGGAACAAAGGCAGGAAGCACAGUGCGGAGACUCUUCAGCGGAUAAGUGAAAGAACAAGGCUUGCAAUGCAGAAUCCUAAGGUCAAAAUGAAGUUGGUUAACCAUAAACAUGCUCAGAGCAUAGAGACAAGAGAAAAAAUUGGAAUUGGAGUGCGGAUGGGAUGGAAAAGGCGCCUUGAGAAGCUAAUGGUGCAGGAAACUUGCCACUUUGAGUGGAUGAACUUAAUUGCUGAAGCUUCUAGAAAAGGCCAUGUUGGUGAGGAAGAGCUGCGGUGGGAUUCUUACAAGAUACUAGAUGAGCAGCUGACAAAGGAGUGGUUGGAAAGUGUCAAACAAAGGAACAUGAUGCCUAGACCAAAAAGUUGCAAGAGAGCACCAAAAUCCCUUGAACAGAGAAGGAAAAUUGCAGCAUCCAUUGCAGCCAAAUGGGCUGAUCCUGAAUACCGUGAGAGAGUUUACUUUGGCUUGGCAAAAUACCAUGGCAUGCCAGAUAGGGCUGAAAGAAAACCGAAGAGGAAACCAACAGCUGGUACACGGUCCAAGCAGAGCCCUUCAAAGAAGAAAGCUAGUGAUUCGAACUAUUCUUCUACUGGUGAGACUAUAAGCCCAAUUGAGCGGUUAGGGUUACGAAGAAGAAAUAAACCACUCUAUAAGGAUCCUAUGGCAAGUUCCAAGCUCGAGAUGAUAAAGAACAUCAGAGCACAACGAGUGGCAGAAGAAUCAAAGAAAACGGAAGCUGUUGAGCGAGCAAGACUUUUAAUUGCUGAAGCUGAGAAGGCUGCGAAAGCCCUUGAGGUUGCUGCAGUAAAGAGCCCUGUUGCUCGAGCUUCCCUCAUUGAAACCAGAAGGCUUAUAGCAGAAGCAAUUCAAUCAAUUGAGUCAAUAGGGAGAGGGCAGGUUACAUCCGAUGAGAAUGGUGGAUAUAAUUCUGUUGAUUCAGCUGAACCAAUUACGGUUAACCAGGUUGAGAAGAAAAUGCAAUCUGAAAACGGUAGUUUGAGCCAAGCAGACAAGAAGGAAGUAAAUGGGAACCAAAUCCUUUCAUUAAGUAAGAAUGAGGAGUUUAAUUUCCCAAACUUUAUGCUUCCAAGGAUAGUGAACGGUGACAGCAAUGAACUUACUUCUUCGAGCUUGAAUAAUUAUAGUUUAUCAACUCUCAACUUUGAAAGUUUGAUUAAGAGGUCUGAUUCAUCUAAGCAACUCAACCAGUUGGAAACAAAUGGGAUUAUCAAACAUGAGGAGAAUCCUAUACCAAACGGAACCAAAGUUCAGCUGAAAGAUGAUUACAUGCCUUCUAAAGCAGUUGCUAUAACUAAGAAAUGGAUCCGUGGUAGGCUUGUUGAAGUCAUUGAAGAAGCUUCAUAAAUAUCAUAUACAAGACACAGAUCUUCAUCUGUGCUUCCUGAACAUACUGAGCAUAUUCUGCGAUGUUCUAUGUGCAGGAGUCCAACCUUCAUUAAUCGGCUUGGGCACUGCCACUGACUCCCUAUUAUCAGCUAUUUUUAACAUUUGCAAUUGGCAAAAUCUUUUGUUAUUUUUGUGGCACUUGAAUCACAGAUAUAUGUCAGUACUUUUCUCCAAAAUCUAAUAUUAGAUUGGUUCUUCUGUUAAAAGUGUAUAUUACUUUCUUCACUUUUUAGCUUUUUUGAACUGCUUUCAUCUAGCCACGAGUGUUGUGAACUUGAUUGGGUAGCCUGUAGGCAAUAGCUUUUGGCAGAGGCGCUACAUUAGUCUUGGUUUGGAGUUUUCAUG